CAUCACCUUGUUGCCAUGGAGCAUUGUAAACAAACUGCACCACUUGAUAACAUAACAAAAUGCUAACGUAUGUAAUGACACUCGUACGAUUAUUUACAAGUUUAUAACGCCAUUAUUUUUUAUCAUUCAAAUACGUGAUUUUUUAUAGCGUAAAAUGAGUGUAUUAUCUAACAGUGAUGUCGAUCUUCGUUUAUUAGUUAUGUCAAAUGGGUUUCCAAAUAUCCAAUUUUUAGCGAAGGUCGCGCGGAAAACUGUGAGAAAAGCUAUUUAUACGUAUGAAAGCAGCUCAUUAGAUGACAUUCUAUCUUUUAUUAUUGCUGAGCUUGGAGGCAAAAAAGUUGAAAGCAUAGCUUUUGUCCUUCAUGGGGAUGCAAAAGAAAUGUAUCUUGCUGGAGUUGGAAAUGUGGUACUUUCAUAUCAAGCCCUUAAGGAUGACAAAAUGUUGAGGGAAUUCUUUAUCUGCUUAUCUUCUACAUUUAUGAAUAUAAAAUCAUCUUCUGCAAGACUAGAUUUCUUAAAUUCUCAACUGAAAGAUGAAAUUGCUGUUUUGAAGUUAUCUGAUGAAUUACACAAAAUAACCAAUUGUCCUGUUGAAAUAUGUAAAGACUUAAAUGGAUCUGAAGAAAAAGCAGCUGCUUUUAUAAAUAGUGAUAAGAAGAUCUUAAUGACUUGGAGAAAGCAGCAAUGUAUUGGCAAUGUUUUUCUGGGUUAUAACUUGGAGAGGCUUUACUGCGUGCUAGUUAAAGAGAUGAAAUUCAAAGACUGACAUAGAUGAAAAUUCUACGCAUAUUUUUAUUCCUCGGUAACUAAUUCAUAAGACUUAUAUUCUUUUCCAUUGCACAUUAUCAUUGUGGGUGUACUAUACCCCUGCAAUUUACACAGAUUUUAUAUUUUCAGAAACAUGGACAAUAGCUAGUAGAAGUUAAGCCGCAAAUCAAUGAGAAAAGUAGCAUCUUGGGUGCAAGAGAACUAAAGUGCAUAGUUAUCCAAUACUGAAGCUCACCAAGACAAGGUUUUGGUUUAUUAAGAGAAAGGUUUCAGUUCUCAAAACUUCUAGUCUAGGUUCUGAAUCAACUACAUCAUCAGCAUUAUUUUUUGAUCAAGCCACAUGAGAUUAAUUAUGUCAUCUGCAUCAUUUCCAAAUCAAGCCAUAUAAGAUGGAUUGAUCAGGAAAUGACAGUCCAGAAAAAUUAUUACGAUUUUUAGAAUAGAGAGGUGGAAUUAAGGACUAUUGCUAAUUUAAAUUAUAAUUUUGAUUACAUAUUUUUUAUCUUACAUGUACAUACAUACAUACAUAUAUGUAAUCAGAUAAAAAACUAAGUCAAAAUUAAAUAAUAAAAGGGGGCAACUUUUCAACAGGAGAUACUCAAAUCAAAAUUUAAUCAAAAACAAUUUAAAAAAAAACAAAAUGAAACAAAAAUACUUUUAAUGAAAUAGUAUUAAUAAAAAAGAAUAAGAAGGAAAAGGAAGGCAAUUUGAAAAUUUUAAGUUUCUAAAACAGCUUCACACCAAAUCUAAAAGGGUUCAAAUUUUAACGAUUGUCCAAAAGAGUUUUUUUAAAGUUAAUAUGGAUUAUCAAAAGAGAUUAUUGAUAGAGCUUGCCCAUGUGUAAUAGCAAAACAUUUUAUAGGAUAUUAAUUAAUAUGCAUUUAGACUAACACUGCAAGGUCAUAUAUGUUAUGUAUAUUUAAAA